AUGACCAUUGCUGCUAUAGUUUUUGUAGCUUGUAGAUUGUUUGCCAACAGAAAAGAAAUGUGGUGGAGCGAUCACUUCAUUCUCGUUGCAUUCAUUCUGUCACUCGUUGAAACUGGACUUAUGCUUGCUCAGACUAAAUUUGCGCGCCAUCAGUGGGACGUAAGGGCGUGCUGGUACAAUGGUACAUACAACAAGUCCUCGGGUGGGCGAAACGUGGCCAGUGUGUUAUUCACUGAUCGUCCACAGAAGGAAUUAAUUUGGGGGGUCGUACAAGCGGCACUUGGCAUCGUGCUAGACUUGUUCAUUUUCAUCUUGCCUAUUCCGGUAAUUCUGAGGCUCAAAUUAUCAAGAAGAAAGCAGAUACAGAUCUUGAUAGUCUUUAGCACUGCCUCAAUGGGAGUCAUCGCCGGUGUUUUGUCUUUGGUCUACAGAUUGGAAGCACUAAAUACCAACGAUGUAACUUGGAAAUAUACCUUGGUUCUUAUUUUCUGCUUAUUAGAAAAUCAAAUAACUAUCAUCGUCAGCUGUACCGUCGGCUUCGUGAAUUUCGUCACGGUAUAUAUCUCAGAGCUCGCAAUUAUCAGGUCACUUCGCUCGAGUCUCGGCAGCGGAAACAGAUCAUCAACCCACUUCAAAUUGGACCCAAAUCAACCGAGACCAGGAAGAGGACCCAGAAGGAAUGAAAAUCAUGAGUUGGAUAUGGUCAGUGAUAGUUUGACAUCAUUGACUGAAAUGGGCGAAGACCAAUCCCUACCAUCAGUUUGUGAUUCUUCUGCAGCGGGAGUGUCACAAGAGACACACUAUCCGGAAUUCAAGCACGUCACAGACUUCAAAGAAUUUAAACUCCCAGAAUAUCCACCUAGAGUCAUCAACUACGGAACUAGCUGGGCCCAUCCUGCCAAUUACAUUUGGUCUCAUGGUGGCCCCUCAUCAAGAAAGCAUGGAGUCAGGCCCGGGAAUAUGUCUGACCAUGGUCAUACUACAUAUCUGUCUGUAAAUAUCUCUACUCACACCUCUGCUGAACGCUUGGUUUAA